UGGUUAUAAGGUGAAAUGACUGAGGCAAUGAGAGAAAUCCCAGUACAACAAACUCCAAGAAACCACGUUAACUUAAAAUUGGCCCCAGGGGUUGGCGAGGCUGCAUGCCACUGUGUAUUAUACAUUAUGAAAGCAACAGAGGCCAUGCUUUAGACAGAAGGUCUCGGAGUCUUCCAUAGACACAGAUCAAGACACCCGGGGAUCUUGUCCGCGUAUUCCUGAGCUCCAGAACUGCAGCAAUCAAACUCUACAAAAGCUGCACCGGGCCAGUUUUGAUCACAGUCUCCAGUGGGUCACAACAGCACUGCCACAGGAUCACUGGUCACAGCAUGACACAUUCACAGUCACCGUUCAGCUCCGUCACACUCACGGCCCCGCCCCCACUCGGUCGGGCGGGCCCAAUCGGGGACUGUCCAGGGCCUCCCCCGUGUGCAAACACCCCUGGCCCGUCACAGGCGCGCCCACUCACAAUCACACCACACACGAACGCAGCUACAGAACCGCACACACAAACACAAUCACACACUCCUCCUCCCCAGCAGGUGACCUGCACACAGCCCUAGGGCUUCUGCCUCCACAAGCCCCAUCCGCGUCCCAGGAACCCGGGUCCCCUGCCGUGAGCUCCUCUCGCAUCCAGACCGGGUCACCUCAACUCACCACACGGAAAACGACUGCCAGGUCAACGGAAAAGGGAGCCGGGUCCUCGGAGAAGUGUAGUCUCAACCGGAAUAGUGCCGCCGUGGGUGCAAACGGCGGGGAGCGCAGUGGCAGGCACCGCUCGGCGCUUAACUGCCCGCCCCGAAGACUCCUGGGAACUCAGGCCCACGCGCGAGUGCGCAGGCGCAGACGACUAACCCUGGGCCGGGGGUGAGGCUCGGUGGGUGCCAGGGGUGCUGAGGAGGCCGAGGAGGGCACUAGGAGCUCCGAUCCGGAAGAGCCGUCUGAGGACGCGGAACCAGGUGGGGAGGCCAGGGAGGUAACCAAGAGUCCGAGCUGGACCCGAACUGUUCCCUUUUCCAAAAGAAGAGCUCAAAAGAGAAGGUUCAUCUCUUAGAAAUCUCAAAGCCAUGUCUCAGCUGAUGCCCUGUAUUCCUACAAAACAAAUUCAUUGUGAGUACAAAACUUUUAUGUCCUCAAUGAAGCCUCAGAAUACAAAAUGAAAUUUUUCUUUGCUUUGUGAUCCUUUACCUUGUACGUAUUUCUGUCAUUGCAUCUAUAAAACCUACUAAGUGCAUGUAUUUACAUGUAUGCCUCUCUCUUAGUCUGUAACUUCUCAUGAGCAGGGUCAGGAUUUUAUUCAUUUUGGUCUAUCAGGCAACCAGUCACAUUCAGGACAAAUAGUGUGAUCUCAGUAUGUUUAGUAUGAGAUUAUGAGUAAAUACAGAUGGAUAUAUUUUCAGAGAGAAUUUUAUACAAUAUAAAACAUAAAUUAGGAAACUAGUCUGACCAGUAAACAUUGUCAGAACUUAGGUCUCCAACAUCUAGUUCUCACCCAUUUCCGAUCACUUCAGGAUGAACUAGAGUAUGCCCUUACAGGGAUCAGUGUCAUUCAAGGAUGUGACUGUGGACUUCACCCAGGAGGAGUGGCAACAACUAGACCCUGCUCAGAAGGCCCUCUACAGGGAUGUGAUGUUGGAAAACUAUUGCCACUUCAUAUCUGUGGGGUUUCACAUGACUAAGCCUGAUAUGAUCCGCAAGUUGGAACAAGGAGAGGAGCUGUGGACACAGAGAAUUUUUCCAAGUUACAGCUACCUAGAAGAAGAUGGGAAAACUGAAGAUGUCUUAGUGAAGUUCAAAGAAUACCAAGACAGGCAUUCUAGAUCCCUCAUACUUAUUAACCACAAAAAACUAAUUAAGGAGAGAAGUAAUAUUUAUGGUAAAACACUUACUCUAGGCAAGAACCAUAUUUCAAAAACAACACUAUGUGAAUAUAAACCUGACGGAAAAGUUUUGAAAAAUAUUUCAGAACUAGUCAUUAGAAAUAUAAGCCCCAUAAAAGAGAAGUUUGGUGAGAGUAUUGGAUGGGAGAAAUCACUUCACAAUACUAAGCAUGAGAAAAUUCAUCCUGCAGUGAAUCUCCAUAAACAAACAGAAAGAGUUCUCAGUGGUAAACAGGAGCUUAUUCAGCAUCAGAAGGUUCAAACUCCAGAGCAACCAUUUGACCAUAAUGAAUGUGAAAAAUCCUUCCUGAUGAAGGGAAUGCUAUUUACACAUACUAGAGCUCGCAUAGGAGAAAGAACCUUUGAAUACAACAAAGAUGGAAUUGCCUUCAUGGAAAAGUCAAGUCUCAGUGUCUAUCCAAGUAAUCUUAUGGAAAAGAAGCCCUCUGUCUGCAACAAAUAUGGGAAAUUCCUCUGCAGAAAGUCUGUUUUUAUUAUGCCUCAGAGACCUCAAACAGAGGAGAAACCCUUUCAAUGUCCUUACUGUGGGAAUAGCUUUAGAAGGAAGUCAUACCUCAUUGAACAUCAGCGAAUUCACACAGGUGAAAAACCUUAUGUUUGCAAUCAGUGUGGAAAGGCCUUCCGUCAGAAGACAGCCCUCACCCUUCAUGAGAAAACACACAUAGAGGGGAAACCCUUUAUUUGUAUUGAUUGUGGGAAGUCCUUCCGCCAAAAGGCCACCCUCACUAGACAUCACAAAACACAUACGGGAGAGAAAGCCUAUGAAUGUCCUCAGUGUGGAAGUGCCUUUAGGAAGAAGUCAUACCUCAUUGAUCACCAGAGAACUCACACAGGAGAGAAACCGUAUCAGUGUAAUGAGUGUGGGAAGGCAUUUAUCCAGAAAACAACCCUCACUGUGCAUCAGAGAACUCACACCGGAGAGAAACCCUAUAUUUGCAAUGAAUGUGGGAAGUCCUUCUGCCAAAAGACAACCCUCACUCUCCACCAGAGAAUUCACACAGGGGAGAAACCGUAUAUUUGUAAUGAAUGUGGGAAGUCUUUCCGCCAGAAGGCAAUCCUCACUGUUCAUCACAGAAUACAUACAGGAGAGAAAUCCAAUGGCUGUCCUCAGUGUGGGAAAGCCUUUAGUAGGAAGUCAAACCUCAUUCGCCAUCAGAAAACUCACACAGGAGAGAAACCAUAUGAAUGUAAACAGUGUGGGAAGUUCUUCAGUUGUAAGUCAAACUUAAUUGUCCAUCAGAAAACUCACAAGGUAGAAACCAUGGGAAUUCAGUAAGUAAUGUGACUUUUUUUAUAAAAAAAAAUUUUAAGUCAUAGUAAACCCUGUACAUGAUGUUGCUUGCGAUUGUAAUAAUAUCCAACCGUUUAAGGUACUAGGAUACCACAUGGUAUCCUACUGUUUGCCAGCCUGUAAAACACACACAUAUUAUUAGACAAAUUACAUGACAGAAAUCAUUUAAAAGUCCAAAUUUUUUAUUACUAGCUUCAGCAGACAAAAACUUCCUCUGUCAAGGUGUUAUAAACAUUUAAAAUCACAUUUUCCAUUUCAAUACAUAUCUUUCUGUUAAGCAGUAAUAAAUAGUUGGCCAACUGACUGUGGUCCAUGGACUAUACAGUGAGUAGACAUUCUUUAAAAGAAGAAGGCAUGAGCUGUAUUUCUCAUUGCAAAUACAAAAUAAAAAUUAGUUGUUACUGCCUCACAGUUGACCAUGAUUCUGACUUCUAACAUUAUAAAUUAGAUUUUACAUAUUAUAAAUCAUUAUGUAUCAUGUAUUCUUUCAUAUACAGCUUAUUACAUUCAUCAUGUCCCUGAGUCUGAUCAUUAGUGCAUGUAACAGAAGUUUAUUGAGUAUAGAGUUCUAUUAUAUGAUUAUAUCACAAUUUAUCCAUUCUACUGUUGAUGGACUUCUACAUUGUUUACAGCUUAGGGUCAUAAUAAAUAAUGCUUCUGAGAACA